AUGGCUUGUUUCUACUUGGCGAUUUAUGUACUUCUUGUUAUAUGCCAACCUGGCAUGGGCACACCUGUGAGCACCCCACAAGGAUUUUUUGCUGGUCUCGAUCAUGCAGUAUACGCCUAUGCUAUUUUGGGCGUAAUUGCACUGAUAAUUGUCAUAAUUGGUGGAUGGGCACUAUGGAACCACAUCAGAAAAUCAAAGCUUCCUGAUGAAGAACAACCAACAAUUAUGCCAAAAGCUUCUAUUAAGGAGAUAAAGCAGGACAGAAAGAGGAGGAAGAAGAGGGAGAGGAAGAGGGAGGAAGAGAAAGUGAAGGAUGUAAAGGAGCAAAAGAUGAAAGAUAAAAUCUCAGUGGAAGUUCAAAUUGAAACCAAAGAACAAGGGACACAGACAGAUGGCCCAGAAAAAAGAACAUGGAAACUCCUGGAAUUCUGGAUUAAUAGAGAUCUAGAAAUACAGAGGCGCCGGGAGGAAGAACUAAGGGAGGAGGAAGAGUUUUUUAGCUGAAAGAACAACUAAAGCUUCCCCAUAUGUCCUGCUUUAUCUCCUUGAUCUCCUGAUUUCCCUCCCUGGCCACACAAACACUGAGUGAUUAAUAAAUAUGGAAUUAAAUUAGAAA